AUGGCAGGCUCAACGGAUCCAUUAGUGAUAACAUUCGGCGAGAUGCUCAUCGAUUUUGUUCCGGACACAGCCGGAGUCUCCUUGGCUGAGUCUCGUGCCUUCAUCAAAGCCCCCGGAGGUGCCCCUGCCAAUGUUGCUUGUGCCAUUUCUAAACUUGGUGGUAACUCUGCCUUCGUUGGCAAGGUGGGAGAUGAUGAAUUUGGAAAGAUGCUAGUUGACAUAUUGAAUCAAAAUGGGGUGAACACAGAUGGUGUGUGCUUUGAUAGGGAAGCAAGAACUGCAUUGGCAUUUGUGACACUGAGAAAGGAUGGAGAGAGGGAAUUCAUGUUCUACAGGAAUCCCAGUGCUGAUAUGAUGCUGAAGGAGUCUGAGUUGAACAUUGGUUUGAUCAAGAAGGCUAAGAUAUUCCAUUAUGGAUCCAUUAGCCUCAUAUCAGAGCCUUGCAGAUCAGCACACUUGGCAGCCAUGAAAGCUGCUAGAGAAGCCGGUGCUUUGCUUUCUUAUGAUCCAAAUGUGAGGAUCCCUUUGUGGCCUUCUCCUGAUACUGCUAGGUCUGGAAUCAAGAGCAUUUGGUUUGAUGCUGAUUUCAUCAAGGUUAGUGAUGAUGAAGUUAACUUUCUUACACAAGGAGAUUCUGAGAAGGAAGAAGUUGUUAUGUCCCUCUGGCAUGACAAACUGAAGUUGCUUCUUGUCACUGAUGGAGAGAAGGGUUGCAGAUAUUUCACCAAGAAAUUUAAAGGAAGGGUAACAGGGUUCUCAAAGGAGCAAAAUUUGAGAGAGGCUUUGACAUUUUCCAAUGCUUGUGGAGCAAUAUGUACAACACAGAAGGGAGCAAUUCCAGCACUUCCGACCCGCUCAGAAGCUGAGAAAUUUAUCUCUGGCAAUAAAGGCAAUUAGACAAGGCUUUAAUAAUUUUGUUUUGCAUAAUGGUCUCACCAUUCAUUCUCAUUUUAUCUUCCCAUCUUAUAAGCUAUUGAUGGUACAGUGAGACAAGUGAUUAGGUAUACUGAUUAAUCUAAGAUGAGUGUUUGAAGUAUAUUGUUAGACUUAAAUUUUA